UGUUGUUCCGUCUUUUGAGGGGAUCCAAGUGUCGUGUGGAAAGAAGCGCAUGCGCAGAUGUAGUCUUAAUUAAUGGAGUUAAAUUAGACAACAGGUGUUCUCUGAAUGUAUGGCGGUGGGUGUACAACUGAAAUGAGAAUACAAAUUCUUUGUGCAGGUGUUGGACUUAAUUACUGGCAUAAAAGUACAGAGGGGAACCGGGAAAAAAAACAUUUAUUUAGUCUGGAGACCUUCUAUUAUCCGUUUUCCUUCGCUGAAGUGCACAACUAUCUACAUAAAUCCGCUCAAUGGGCUAUGUUGCCAUGUUUGCUCCAGACAAACGCUCCUGAAUUGUGCGCUGCGGUUUGCAGAGUGGAUGCAGGAUGCGAGGAUGUUUGUGUCUCCUCUGUGAAGAGGAGGGGAGUGCACUCUGAUUGACGUCAGCUUGUUUUGUGCAGACGGACAAUGAGCAGCUGUGUGUACAAAUUUACAGAACAAACCCGGGCCUGAAAUCCCGGCAUCGCUGCUGCUGCUAUUUAUGCAUCGAUAGAAGAGAUGCGACGCUGCUGUUUCUGCAUGCUGCCUUUUUCACUCAGGAGUCGUGACGCGCGAGCUGCAGAUGACGCUCCUCGCGCAGCAGGGGAAGCCCGAACUGCAGGAAAAGGGGGCGCCAUUUUUAAACCAAUAGCUAAACAUUUAAGGUCUUCUUAAAAAAUGGAGGGCAAACGUUUCGGCUCCUCUGGAAAAUACCUGGACCGCUUCAUCCAGAACCAAGACUCAUCGGUGGUGAACAAGUUCCAGAAGAGGUUCUGGAAAACCAAGCAGACGCUGAUCAAAGUCACCGGGAAGAAAGAGGAUGAACACGUGGUGGCGUCAGACGCAGACCUGGACGCCAAGCUGGAGGUCUUCCACUCCAUCCAGAGAACAUGCAUGGAGCUGCUAAAGGUCAUUGAGCAGUACCAGAGGAGGAUCUGCUUCCUCUCUCAGGAGGAAAACGAGUUGGGUCGUUUCCUUCGCUUCCAGGGGUCGCAGGAUAAAAGCCGGGCUGGGAAGAUCAUGCAAGCGACAGGGAAAGCUCUCUGCUUCUCCUCCCAGCAGAGACUGGCUCUGAGGAAACCUCUGUGCCGUCUGUACCAGGAGAUCGAGACUUUCCGUUACCGGGCCAUCUCUGACACGUGGCUGACGGUGAAUCGGAUGGAGCAGUCUCGGACCGAGUACCGCGGAGCCUUGCUUUGGAUGAAGGACGUCUCUCAGGAGCUCGAUCCAGACACGCACAAACAGAUGGAGAAAUUUCGCAAGGUUCAGGCUCAGGUUCGGACGACUAAAAGUAGCUUCGACAAGUUAAAGAACGACGUCUGCCAGAAGGUCGACCUGCUGGGGGCGAGCCGCUGCAACCUCUUCUCACACAUUCUGACCACAUACCAGACGACUCUGUUGCACUUCUGGGGGAAAACCUCUCACACCAUGGCGGCCAUACACGAGAGCUUCAAGGGCUGCCAGCAUAAUGAGGUUUCCGCAGUGAAGGAUUCCAUGGACAAAAAGAUGGAGAAUAAAACAUCGGAAAGGGAAAUGGAGGAGAGACGAAAUGAGACGACUAAUGACCAACUAAUCUCAUUAGGAAAUGAAGAAAAAAGUGAACAUUUGAGAGAAGAGUUGGAUGGUGAGGAGGACAGUCUGGCUCUGCUCAAUGAGAUCCUGGGCGGUUUGUUUGUGGAUGAUUUUUCCCAGGAUUGGGCCAAAGGUUCUGGGGACACGGAGGCGAGCGCCGGGCCGCCUGACACCCAGCAGCAGGAACACUCGUUCUUUUUGCCGUCGCAGCUUUUGGACCAAAGCUUGAACAAGUCUUCUGUCUCAGACUGGACCGGGAUCGUCCCACAGCCAGACUUAUCACCUGGAUCUGGACAGAACCCCCUGAAGCCAGCGGUGAAAGAAACAAGCGGACCAUCCAAAGAUCUGUCGGCGUGGUUCAACCUGUUCGCUGACCUGGACCCUCUCUCCAAUCCAGAUGCAAUCGGAGCAGCCAGCAGAGAAAACGAGCUUCACACUGCAUAGUUCUUCCUGAGCAGCGUGACACAUUUAAAAACUACAUCCAUUUGUUUUGGCUUCAGCUGCAAACUGUUUCCAGUAUGAAGAUAAGCACUUAUCAGAGGCUGGAAGACUGGAUUUUUAAACGUCUUCCAAACGCCAACAGAAACUAACACAUUAUAAAAUCAAUCACAAAUACUAUAUUAUGACAAAACAUAAUGCACCAAAUGUGUUGCCCUAAUAGCUGCGUUUCCGUUAACUAUAUAAUUGUUUAAUUUAAUAUUUCAAAAAUAAAUUCUCUUAAUGGAGAUGUCAAUUUAGAAAAAAAUAAAUUUUUUGAUGAAAAAUUUUGAUGUUAGGUGGUUUGCAAUUGGUUUAUUGUUCAAAACUAAAUUUAAUUUAAUUUUUCUGCAUUAUACAAGAGUCAAAUAAUCAACAAUUGGAUGGUACUACUGGUAGAAACCACAAAGAAGAAGACAGGAAGUAAUAUGAGGAAGAUGGCACAGCAUUUGUUUAUUGUGUGAACAUACAUAUUCACGUGAUUUAAUUGCAUUUCUUUUUUAAUCAAAAUUGCAAAAUUGUUUUUUUUAUAUUAGCAAAAUUUUGCAUGCAUUUGUAAUGGAAACACAGGGAUUGUCUUGAGGAAUAUUGCCCAUAAAAAUUAACCCUCCAUUGCCGUUGUCAUAACUCUUAACUAUAGAUGAAAUUCUGCAAUUAUUCUUCAAUUAAAAAGUUAAUGUUUCAGUACUCUAAUUAAAAUUUUGAAAUUAUGUAGUGCUACUUUUAAACAUUAAUUUGUGUUUUAAUUUGUAUAACUUUCAACAGAUAAAAGCAGAGUGUUGAUUUGAUUAGGGAAUAUUGUCAACUAAAGGUGGAAAAAUGUAAAAAAAAUAAAAAUAAUAAAAAAAAGACUCACCUAUUGAAAGUUUUAGCAAAAGGAAGUGAGAAAAUCCAGCCUUCAUCAGAACUCAGCUGUAUUUUACAGCUGUAAAAUUAUAAACUGGUCACAAAAAGUUGGUAUUUUGAUUCUUUAUAAACAUUUGUACAAAAGUUUAGCUUUAGCAAUUGUUUGGAGAUUUUAAUCUAGAUUUAAACCUGAUGAAAUAUUUAGAAAGUGUUUCACAAGGGAUUUUAUUAAUCAAAACAGCGACUCCUUUUGCUAUCAGAUGCAAAAUGCACAUCUGUUGUUUUUCAGCUUAAAUUUUUGUUUUGUAAACUUGAAUUUAAGGGUUUCUUAAUUAAGAGUCGUAGAAAGAAGAUGUUCCUUCCACUCACAGUUCAAGCUUUCAAUCAACACAACUUAAAGGUUUUGCACUGUGAGUUUUUAUAAGACAUCCAGUUGGUGUUGAAACUGUUUGCUUUAUUUGAGAUUACAGAGAUUACUACAGAGAUUCCCUCUGUAGUUACAUAAACCCGUUACUGCAUGCUGCCAGUUAUACUGUUGGUCAUCACUGCUUUAUUUCUUUUUUUAAGUCUUUAGACAUGUAUGUAUUUUCCAGGGCUGCUCCUUUUGGGCAAUAUUCAGUUUUACACUGAUCAGUCCCUUCAGGAUCUUGAUAUUGUUUUUGUGAUUUUUUUUUGUAAUCUCAGAUUUUGUGAUGCUAAUUUAGAAAUAUUUUCAUGGAUUUAGUGAUAUUUGAGCUUCUGUAUGAUGGUAAAUGUGACUUAAAGCUGAGGCAGCAGUGUAGUAGAAGUAAGAAAUACUGCCACCUGCGGGUGGGAGUUGCAAUUACAAAUGUUCGCAAAUCUUAGUAAUCCGCCGAAGUUAAAAUCCACAAUUUUGGAAUUUCCAUUAUAUAAGAAACAUAAUUGAAAUCACACAGAAAUAAGUUUGUUUACGUGAUAAGGCGUUAAGAAAACAUGCACCGCCACGGUUCUCCAACUACUUCCUGUCGUCUUCAUGGUUUCCACCAGUGGUAACGUCCCGUUUUUGAUCAUGUGACUCCUGAUGUGAGAAAUUGUUUCCAUUGCAGUUUUGCAAAAUAAACAAAUUUUGAUACGGUCAAAAAGACACCUCAUCCUAAAGCUCAAAAACGUAUGAAAGAAAUAAACAGAAUUUUUCAAAAUUGGUUUGUAUUCAUUCAGAAAAUAUUUCCAAAAUGUCAGUUUGCGCAGUCAUAAGCUAAAUGGAAUCACAGCUAUGCUCUUAAAUGUUUCUGAACAUUUUUGCACUAAAUUAGCAUUAAACUAAUAAUUAUGUAUUACCAUAAAAAAAUGUGGGAAUCUGUUGAUUUUGUGUAAAUUGUUAAAUCGCAAAAAACUGCAGGGACUGAUAUAGUUUUACAGAUUUUUCUUAAAAAACCGCUUUGAUUUGAUUGAUAACUUAAUAUUUGAGCACUAAACGUCUCCUAAAGUUUCUAUUUAUGUGUCCGGUUGGAGUCAAGAGGCCCACAUAAAAAGCUACGGCGGACUGGAUUUGCCCCCGAGCCUCAAAUUUGACACACCAGCCUUAAGAUAUUUACAGAUGAGACUCGUUUUGACUCUUGAAGCUACGCGUUGUUUUAAUUUUCCAUCAUGAUAUCGACUUUAUGAAGAGCCUUAACUUUACCUCAUGUUACUGAAUGCUGAUCUGUGUCCAUGUGUGUCUCAAUGCCCUUUAAAAAGAAAAGACAUAUCAAUUCAAAAAGGCUUUUCUGUUUCCUUUAUUGAAAAAAACAAGAUCUACACAAAAACAUGUAAAACAGGAGAAUCAAUUCAUCAUCGCCAACAACGGCAACUGCUUCUUUAAACGCUCGGCGCACUCUGAAGGGAUGCGGUCGAAGAUUUUGAAGUUGCAGAACAGAUUUUAUUUUUGAGGGAUCGGUCAUUAUCCAGAUAAAUCUCAACAGGGUGUCAUCAGCAUAUGAACUGCAACGUUUAUGCUUUAAUAUCUCUAAAACGUGCUGAGAGCUCAGCAGUGAUAUCAGACGUUAAAUGGCCGUUUUCCUUUAUGGAGCCCAAACUAUAAAACAAACUAGUGUCGUUUUUCUGCUAAAUAAACAUCAAUUGCACAUUCUUCUGAUUGUUUUAAGUAACAAACUUGGAUACAGCACAGAACAGUGAUUAUCGUUUCCUUUCCAAUUAAGUGCUUAAGUUUGGGAUUACAAAAAAGAAAAAAGAAAAGUUUGUGUGUUUCCCAAAUUAUGCAGCAAUGGCUUUAUGUUGAGCACUGGUCGAUUUUACCCCUUUAUUAUUCUUAUUUCUAAUAAUCCCCUGAUAGCCUAAUGUAAGGAAAUGUUUUUACUCUAAUAAACUUCUUCAAAUCUCAGAAGGUCAGUCAAGGUCAAAUCUGUCAAUUUUGACACAAACAGGAUUUAUUUAAAGCCAGAAAACCAAAGACAAUUUUGAAAGAAUGCUACAAAUAAAUCACAAUCAGUCUUUAGAUUAAAUAAUAAAUUAGGUAAAGAAUUUUAAAAUGCACCUUUUUGAAACAAAAUAACCCUUUUGAUUGUUUUGAUUGAAGCCGUCUAGAAUAGGAAGGGAACUGUAAACUGAGAAUUGAUUCUUAAAGAAAAACAUUUUCACUAUAAAUAUGUUGGGUAGAUGUGUGCUCACCUUUUGAGAACAAAAUAAGAUUAAAUUAGCUCUUUUCUUAAGAUCAUCUGGGAAAUCUACAACUGAAGCAGGAAGUCAAUAACAGCUGUUUUUGAGCCUUUUUGGUAAAAAAUACCUUUAUUUUCAUCAAUAUUUAGCAACAUUUGUUUUUCUUUGCUGUGCAUUUUAAAUUCUCUCUGAUCCACCUCAUGCGCAGCUUUAGAUUCAGUGAUGUUUGAGAGGCAGAAAACCAGAUUUUCUAGAGUUUGAGUGGCAUGACGACGUCUUCGGAUUAACCUAAAAGCAGCCAGAACACGAUUAGAAAGAGAGACCUGCACAUGAGCUCACCUAAUAUAAAUCAUUCUGGUUGCAGCUUUUCAUGGGUAGAAAUCAACACUCUCCAUGAACAGGAGCAGAAAUUACAACGUCCAUCAAACCAGGGGUGUCCAAAGUGUGGGGCGGGGGCCAUUAGUGGCCCUUGGACUGAUAGACAUUUUAUUUCAAAUCAAGAUAAAAUUAUUGCUGAUGUAAUUUAUACCCCACAAAGUUUUACAAAGCGUUUGUAAUAGAAUCACAUUUAUUUAUAAACUUUUUUUUUAACGGAAAAGCCAACUUUAAUGUACCAAAAUCAGCUUUUUUAAAUUUAUUAAACAAGGCAAAAUAUAACAUUUUUAAAGAAAAUCCUGUUAUAACUGAGAAUUGUUUUUUUUAAUACAGCAAACAAGCAAAAUCCUUGUAAAAUUUGGGAUGAUGAAUAAUUUCCCUUUGUUACAAAGGGAUGCUGCUGGAGAGCAACAUUUUGGCCCUGAUGUAAAACGCUCCUGUUGUUGGUAAAAUACAAACUCAUUAUAGCUUAAAAUAUAAAGUAACGUUUUCUAUUCUGCUGACACGUGUUUAUUUGCCUUUUAAAUUUUUUUCACUGGUUUGAAUUUUUUCCCAUCCCAUUGUUAAAUAUUGGACAGAGAUCAUCCCCUUUCUCCAUUCUGCUGCCAUCAGAAAACAUUUUUAUAAUCUCCCUCCUCACUCAAUAAACCACUUUAUAAAACUUUUUGCACCCAAACGGGAAACUCUGCCUUCAGUUAUUUCAGAUUUUGAAUUGUCUCUUUCAGCUUUUUUGUGUUUUUCUUUCCCAUUUUUAUUGAUUUUGACCAGUGAAAUAGAUCAAACAGCUUAUUUACAGGUAUAAAGUGGGGCUCCGGACCUGAAAGGAGCAAAUUGACCCCGAGCCUCAUAUGACACUGAAUCACUUUACAAAAAUGAAAAACACACAAACAUUCUGGCACAAACAUUGGUCUGAUAUCUGGAAUACGACGGCCUCUGUGCCGUUUUGUCGUUUGCUUUGGUUUGUGUUUAAUAUAAUUUUUAGAUAGCUGCAACAUUCUCAAGACAAAUCGAAACAGCUUGUGAAUUAACGUAACUUCAGCAGCUCGGUGAGGAAUGUGUCGUAGGCACCUGGAACUGGCUUCAAUGUCAAAACCUAAAAAAUUCAGUCUGAAUUAAACUUUCCUGGGAAUGAAAAAAAAAAA